GUCACCUCUCUCACUAACGCUGACCGCAAAGACUUAACUAUUCACGUCAGUUUAAAUCUCAAAAAUUCUUAAAGCCAGUCUGCGUUCUCAAUGUAAUCUUGAGAAUUCCGGUGGAAACAAACUCAUGUUUUUUAUUGGAAAAAAACCCGACUUGUAAAUACCUAUAUCUAAGUUGUAUAACUCUCUCCCAGAACUACAUUUUUUUUUUAAUUCAGAGGAAGAGACAAAUGCUUGUUCCCGCCAAAACGCUAGAGCUCAAAUUCGCCAUGUCCUUGAUCCAACAAUCUACCUCUCUCCUCCAACUCUUUCAACUCCAAUCCCUUCUCCUCAAAACUUCCCUCAACCUCAACAACUUCGUCACUGCCAAAUUCCUCCGAAAAUGCCUCGCCUUCUCACCACCAAAAUCCCUUCCAUAUGCCCGAGCCCUCUUCGACCAUGUCCACGCCCCCGACACAUUUCUUUACAACACUCUCAUCCGCGCUUACCUCCAAUCUCAAAACCCAAUUGAGUCUCUUCACCUCUUUCGUCGAAUGAGGCUUGUUGAUGGAGCUUCACCUGAUAGUUUCAGCCUCUCUUUGGGGAUCCAGGCUUGUGCCAGAUCGUCUGAGAAGGGAAUGGGAGAAGUUAUCCAUGCCCAUGUUGUGAAACUUGGAUUUGUAUCCGAUUUGUUUAUUGAAACAGCACUUAUUGAGAUGUAUGCUAAGAUUGGGGAUAUCGUGCUUGCAAGAAAGGUGUUCGGUUUAAUGCCUGAGAGAGACUUGGUAGCAUAUAAUGUGAUGCUGGCAGAGUAUGUUGGAUGUGGGGAGAUUGGCCAGGCUCGUAUUUUGUUUGACGAGAUGCCGAUAAAGGAUUUGGUUUCUUGGAAUACGAUGAUCCAUGGUUAUGCGAAGAGUGGCGAAGUUAAUUCUGCUAGGGAGAUAUUUGAUAGGAGUCGAGAAAAAGAUUUGGUUUCUUGGAGCUCUAUAAUUUCAGCGUAUGCACAAAAUAAACAAUGUAAUGAAGCAUUGAGAUUGUUUAAGGGUAUGCAAUUGGGUGGUAUUGUGCCAGAUAAGGUGACUAUGGUGAGCGUUCUAUCAGCUUGUGCAGACAUUGGAGCCUUGGGGAUGGGCAAGACAAUUCACAAAUUUAUCGAGAAGAACAAGAUAGAGAUUGAUGUAAAGCUUGGAACUUCUCUUGUUGACAUGUAUGCCAAAUGUGGGGAUAUUGAAAACUCCCUCCAAGUUUUCCAUGGCAUGGAUGAGAGGGAUGUUCUAACUUGGAGCUCAAUGAUCAUAGGUCUUGCGAGUCAUGGACUCGGUAAUGAUGCCCUUCGGUUCUUCUCCAAGAUGAUUCAAGAGGGUAUCAAGCCCAAUGACAUAACUUUUGUCGGGGUUUUAAGUGCUUGUAAUCAUAACGGUCUUGUUGAUGAGGGAAGGGCUCAUUUCAACUCGAUGAACAAUGUAUAUAAAAUUUCUCCAAAGGUUGAGCACUAUGGAUGCAUGGUUGAUUUAUUAGGCAGAGCUGGGCAUAUCAAACAGGCGAGACAACUAAUUGAAGAUAUGCCAUUUGAGCCAGACGCAGUUGUUUGGAGAGCACUUCUAGGUUCAUGUCGAACAUACAAAAAUAUAGAGAUAGCCGAAGAAGCCAUCAAUAACCUCAUAAAUCUAGAGCCAUAUGUUGAUGGGCAUUAUGUGCUUCUUUCUAACAUUUAUGCACAAGCCAAUAGAUGGGCUGACGUUGCAGAAGUGAGGAAGCUGAUGAGAGGAGCGAACAUUCAAAGGAUUCCUGGGAGCAGUUCCAUUGAAAUUGGAAACAUUGUUCAUGAGUUUGUUGCUGGUGAUAACUCACACCCAAGAAGUGAUGAGAUCUACAAAAUGCUGGCAGAAAUGAUUGAUCGUUUGAAAUGGGCUGGAUACGAACCAGUGACUUCAUUGGUUUUGCAAGAUGUUGAUGAACAAACCAAAGAGUCUGCACUAAUUCAACACAGUGAAAAAUUGGCUAUUGCAUUCGGGCUUCUGAUUUCUGUUCCCAAGUCCACAAUUCGUAUUGUGAAAAAUCUUCGAGUUUGUGAAGAUUGUCACGCUGCCAUUAAGCUCAUAUCUUUGGUAUAUGAGAGGAAGUUGAUUGUUAGGGAUCGGAACAGAUUUCACCAUUUUGCUGAUGGGAAGUGCUCCUGUGGGGAUUACUGGUGAAUUGAGGGAGGAUUUCCAACUGGACUAAAGCGAUUUGAAAUACAAUUGGAAACACAGAAAAUGCUGAAGAUGGGGGUAUGAAUGGAUCUUAUGAGUUUAUUAUCUUGAGUGAACUUCCGGAGAUUAUUUUACUCAGGCUACACUUUUAUCUGUAGGCUGAUUUCAUAUCUCAACGACUCAAUGUACAGACAGGUCCACAAAAGAUUUGAAUAAGAUUUACAGCCAGCUAGAGAUUUGGCUUCAAGACCGUCUGUAUACGCAAUGGAAGAGCAGAUCAUUAUCUUCAACCACAGUAACCAUGUUGGGGUGCAGUUGCUGGUGGAUAGUCGGGCCAUCCAAUAUCUCUGAUAGGUUGAGGUGUGGUGACCAGAGGUGAAGGAAAUGCUAGGUCGGAUCACAUGACUAGGGCCCACUUCAUAUCCAUUGGCCACAGAGCUAAAUAAGAAAAUAACAACAAUAAAAAAAAGUUGAUGGUAGUAGUUGUAAAGUAUGUAGGCCCCUGCACCUUCAAUCAUUUUUGUGACCAGACGGGGGCUGGGAUGGAGUUCUUCUCCUCGGGUUAGUGAACACAAGGGCCCCUACGCAUUUGAGACCCCAAGGGAUCAACUAAGGAGAAGGAUUUUGACAUGUAUCUCUAGCACAAGAGUUGGAAGAUGCUAGUUAAUAAUCAUUCAACUUUAUUUCUUUACUAUUGCAUGCAUCGCCCUUGGAUUUUUAGACUAAGGCAUGUUAAGCUCCGGAUCAUCUCUAAGGAAUUUGUCGGCACCGGUUCGAAUUUUAACUUCUACUGGUGGAGGUUUCUACAAUAAAUGUGCUGAGGGUAAGUGUGGGGGAGAAGGGGGGUGGAGGGUGGUUAAUUUUGGAGCUUUGCGAAAGCAGGGAUGUAUGCAUCAUGAUGCAACCCCACAAGCAAAGCCUUGGUUCCCAAUUGAGCUGCAUGAGGAAAUUGAUCACAAGGAGGUGGUUGAUUGGAAACUAUGAUGGGAAAGGGAUGGUGUUAUCUUAUUCUCUCCUUGUUUGGCAAGAAAAAAAAAAUGAAAAGUCAGUUUUGUAUGAAGAAAUAAAAAUAUCAAAUGGAUAAUGAAUUUUUUUUUAUUGUGAACUGUAAAUAUUUUUUUAAUAUUUAACCACUUGCAUUGCACGUGCAUAAAAACUAGUAGACUCAAAAGAUAGAAGUAAAUAGAUUUCUGUAUAUAUUAUAUAAGCCCUGCAUAAUAAUAAAAAUUAUAAAGUUAUAUUAUACUUCAGGUUUGAUUAUUAUCCCAACAAAACUAUUUAGUUUCUUAAGGAAAAUCGAAGCAUCAUGGCGUGCUGUCUUAUUCUUUCCUUAUCGACCAAAAAAAGAGAAUAUAAAAUGACAACUAGGAUAGAAUCUCCUUAAUUAUAUCAUACUUUUUUUUAUUAUAUAUAAAUUCCCAAAAUAUGAAACUUUAUCAGAUGAAGUCUUGUAAGAAAUUAGAAAAUAACCAUAAAAAUUAUGGUAGCCACAGAAUUAACCCAUUUAUUUACUACGGGUUAAUAGCACAUAGACCCCCUGCCACAUGAUGCUUGUCCACUUAUGUUGCCCUAAUAGUUUCAUGUUCAUUUUGGCAGACAAACCCUGAGUGAAAAACUUUUGACGCUUUGCCCGUCAAAAUGUUAUUACCCCCGGGUGGAAAAGAGUAAAAAAAAAAAAAAAAAUUCAUUCAAAAUGAAACUAUAGACGUAAUAAGUUAAUAAACGUCAUAUUGCAGUGUGCAUGUGCAAUCAAAGAAAGGGUUGUAUUAGCUUUUGUUGCAGAUAUAGCAUUAGUCAAAGCAGGUAUAAACACUAUAAGAACGCUGAACUUUUUCCCCCCCUUUUUGGUAUUAUAUAUGUGUUCUGUUAUUAAUUAGAGAUUAAAAAGAAAAGGAUUUAUCCCCUGUUUUUUGUAGUUGUUAUCAGCUAAUUAAUAAAUAAUGGAGCAAACUUGUCCUUUCUACUAAAAAACAUAAAAUCGAAUAUAGAAAAUAAACUAAAUGCGAUCGAGUGAAAAUGUAAUUACAAACAGAGCAAAAUAAAUUAAAAAGUUCAGAAAAAAAAAAUAAACAAGCACGAUUGGCAAGCGAGAAAGAAUGCCUCUUUUUUUAACAGCUUUAGCAUCUCUCAAUAUGUUCUAGUGCUUAUGAAAUCCGAGUUUGAAAAAAAUUAAAAAUAAUAAAAACCAAACAUUGAAAAAAAAAAUACAUAAAAAAUGGAAAUUAGAACCCAAUUCUAGAACUAGUUUCCAUUAGAACAUAAUUCAAACAAAACCACCUCCAAAUAAAUAAAUAAAUAAAUUACAA